GCCAUUAAUAUCGUCUCGAGUUAAACACGAAAACUGUAUUUUUCGAAUCAUAUUAUUUGUAAUUUUUUUUGCUCUGAUUUUCAGUGCUCGUCCUUGUUCAGAGAUUUUGCUGUCGAGUGUACUACGAGCAAAGUCUCGUAUUUUUUUUCAUUAUUUUCACUUUUCCUCGUUUGAAUAUUUAAUGAACUUCUGAGCACGAAUGUACUUUGUUGUUUUCUAUUUAAUUUUAAUGUGUACUGUUUUGUGUGAUUCCUGUUUUUCAUCGAUUAUAGCAGUGCUUGAAACAUAAAAAAAAAUAUCCGACUGGAAACGCGAAUAGGCGAAUUAAUAGCUAGUGACAAGUGUGAAAGUCCAUAUGUGAAUAUAUAUUAGUUUUUAAUGUUAGUUAGAGAAAAAUACCGAAAUGCAUAUAGCAGUGGGCGUUCAAAGGACUCUGCUCGCUUUCGUUCUACUGGCUCUGAGUAAUUCGCCUUCAGCCACGCAAAACACUUUUAUCACUGGUAGUCCGAUGUCGUCGGUAACGGGCACAGUGACAAGAGUAGCGGCGGUCGUAGGCGGGGAGGCUAAUUUACCCUGCGACAGUCGCCCGCCACAGCGCAACGAUAGCAUGCUGCUAGUCGUUUGGUACCGAGAUGACAAUCCAGUUUACAGCUAUGACACUCGAGUGCUCGGGCCGUCUGCUCACUGGACUGACGAGCCCUUCGCAAACCGAGCCCGCUGGUAUAGCACGCCGUCUUCUGGACUCCACGUGGAUGCUGUACAGGCCCGAGACAGAGCCGUCUACAGAUGCAGGGUCGAUUUCCAAAUCUCACCCACCAGGAACUACAGGAUUGCACUUGAUGUAAUAGAGCUCCCGAAUAAGCCGGUUAUCUUUGACGAAUUCGGCAAGGAAAUAUCCGGUGCGGCGGGCCCUUACAACGAGGGUGGGGACUUCAAACUUAUUUGUUCAGUAAACGGGGGUACACCCACUCCAAGAGUACAAUGGCUGCACGGAGACACAGUUUUAACGACUUUGGGAGCCAGCGACCUUCAACCUUCGGGGAUGACCAGAACUCUAGUACUAGUUGUGAAGAACGCUACUAGGUUGCAUUUGUCUGCUGUUUACACUUGCACGGCUGACAACACACUGUUGUCUACACCGCAGAAGACUAGCGUUCGAGUGGAUCUGUAUUUGAGGCCGCUAUCAGUCGAAAUUUUAUCAAAAGAACAGCCGCUCUCCGUGGGCAGAAAGACUGAGCUUUGGUGCCGGUCUACAGGGGCACGACCCCCUGCUAAUAUCACUUGGUGGCUUGAUGGAAAACCGCUGCACUCUAUCAGCAAACAGAAAAAGGAUACAAACGAAAGCCAGUCGUUGCUCGAAUGGGUCCCCAUGAAAGAGCACAACGGGAAGGUACUCACAUGCAGAGCUGAACAUGUUCGCUUCAAUCACUCCACCAUUGAAAGCAAGCUACCUUUGAAUAUUUACUACGUUCCCAUUACAAGAAUGGAGCUUGGCUCGAAGAUGAAUCCAAAUGAUAUUGAAGAAGGCGACGAUGUUUACUUCGGGUGCGACGUUGACGCAAAUCCACCAGCGUACAAAGUCAUAUGGGAGCAUAACGAGGUUCUUCUACAACACAAUCCAUCGAACGGUGUAAUCUUGACCGGGAACACGAACCUGGCGGUCCGAAACGUAUCGAGACACCAAGCGGGAAACUACACUUGCACAGCAUCUAACGUGGAGGGUGACGGAAAAUCUCCUCCACUGCAUUUACAAAUAGUUUACAAACCGCUCUGUCGGAAGAGAGAAAUGAAAAUGAUUGGAGCUGCUCUCCAAGAACCGACGAAGGUUAUCUGCGAGGUAGACGCAUAUCCUCCACCGGACACUUUCGAAUGGACGUUGAACAGUUCUGCUGGAUCCAUCAGGGUUGAUGCUGAACGUUUCACGGUGGAAGUAAAGGAGGGUCGUUCAGUAUUAACUUACAUGCCGGUGUCGGACGUCGACUAUGGCACGUUGUCGUGCCGCGCGACGAACUUGGCUGGACAGCAGCCGAUGCCGUGCCUCUACACUUUAUUACCGGCGACGCGUCCCGAUCAGCCAACUAACUGCACUGUUUACAACCUCACCGACGACUCUCUGGACCUCGCCUGUAUUGCUGGAUACGAAGGAGGUCUACGUUGUGUUUACGUAUUAGAAGUCUGGACCAACGAGGGUCUGUUGGUGAACGUGAGUAAUGGUGCUGCCUUAUGGAACCUAAGAAGAUUGGGAGCAGCAAGACUUUUGCGUUUGGUUGUAUAUGCCGCGAAUUCUAGAGGGAGGUCCGAGCACGUCUCAUUCACUGUUGAAACUGCACCGAGAUUAGCUCCAAGGACGGAAGCGCAAGCGGCAUGGGAAGUGAACUGGGCUGUCGGCGGUGCUUUGUGCUUCAUCACGGUGAUCGGUGUGAUUGUCUGUCUCGCAAUGACCGUUUUCAAAUUGAGAAAUAGAGCAAGAGACUACGAAGUCACCAUACCUUCAUUAAAGAACCAAAAAGUAUUACCGCCAAAGAGGAACUCUCCUCACGGGCAAGACGACAGAAAUCCAGACAUCAUUCCACUAAGCAAAGGACUGGCAGGAUGUCCGCCCGAUCCGCCUAUGUAUUCGGCGGUGACGUCAUCAGACCCAAAGAACUCGAACAGCGCCCACAGUUUGGCUCGCACGCUAUCACCGACCACGCCGGCUUCGUCGCACGCUCAAUACACUGACACGCAGAGUGAAUCAAGUCGAAACGGAGCAAACGGAGUUUUGAGAUCUCACAGAGAAGUCGUCACAACGAGAACGCCUCUACUCGCGGCGCAUCAAGAAAGCUGUGUUUAAAAUUUCAAUUUGAUGUACAUAUAAUUACGAGGAAAGUUAAGGAAUCUUCAAUUUUAAAAUAUGUGUCAUAAUGAUUAGUUUUGAUUAAAGGUUGUUUUUACAGAUAUUAGUAGUAAACCGGUUCUGUUUACAAUUAAUCGUUAAAUAAUAUUAGUAUUUAUAUUUUCUGGUCAAGAGUGUAUUAUAACUUAAUGGAAAAAAAAAUCAAUUUAGUUUUACGGAUAAAAUGAUUUGUAUCUUCAAAUAAACGACUGAUGGGGAAAUGUUAAUUAAAUAAUUUAGAAUAAUUUGUCGUAAUAUAACAAUUAAUUACUCUUUAAGAGGUACAAUGAAGGCUCUAAGCUGUAGAUAAUUUUAGAUAAUUAUGUGUAUAUAUUAUAAAUGCUUUUUUUUAUUAUUUUUUCGAUAUCUCUUUUUUUCGACCCUUUCAUAGCAUUAUUGUCAUAUCGAGAACAUACAUAAUAGUUUUUUUUUUUUGUACAGAACAUGAUAAAUUGAUAAAAAACAAUUAAAGAAAAUACCUAGAUCGAAUCAUAAUAGUUCAAAGCCUAAGGAACUUUCAUUCAAUAUUGUGUCUUGCUUUGACUUCAAAUUAUCGAUUUGAGACAUUGUCGUUUAAAUCGUUUUGGAAUAAUUUUUUGGGAAAAAAAACUUUAUUUAUACGACUUAGAGCAAUUUUCAAUGACCGAUGCGAUAACGAUAUUUCGAGGUUGACGCAGAGUAUUCGAUAUGGUUUAGAUAAAGUAUAAGGAGCAGUUUCCUUAGCUCUAAAGUGUAAUCACAACUAUUCCGAUCUACAGACCCAUACAAUAAUAUAUUCUAUGUACAUUCAUUUAACUAUCUUACUGGUGGUAGGACCACUUGAGAGUCCGCACGGGUAGGUACCACCACUCUGCCUAUU